UAUGGAUAAAAUAUCGAUAUUUUUAAUAUCUCUUUGUUUCUAUCAAUUUAAAUCUGAAAUAUUGCUCCCAAAACCGAGUCAUGUAAUAAUAGCUUCGAAAUUUAUUAGACCCGACAUGACCUAUAGAAUGACGGUUGAAAUAUUUGAAUCAAUGUAUGAAAAAUUUAAAUUAGCCGCUUCGAUUUCAAAUGGCCAAUCGGAAAUUGCAUCAUCGUCUAUUACCGCUUCUAGAAAUAGUUUUACAACACUAGAAAUGAAAAUUCCAAGAUCUACUGUAAAUGGAAAUUAUACAUUAAGAUUAAAGUCUUAUACGAUAGAUUAUUCAACAUUAUUGUUUGAAAAUAUUACGGAAUUAACAUUCCAAUCAAAAUAUAUUUCAUUAUUUGUUCAAACUGACAAGGUUAUAUAUGGAAUAGCUCAGAAAAUGAAUUUUAGAAUAUUUGCCAUAAAACCUAACCUUGAGCCUGUGGAUGAGGGCCAGAUUACAAUUUACCUGGUCAAUCCUAAAGGUAUAAAAGUUCAUAGAAUAAAGGAAAAAAUGCUUCGCAAUGGCAUAUAUGAAGGUUCUUAUUUUUUACCGUAUCCCAGAGUGUACGGAUGGUGGAAAUUCGAAAUAGACGGCUUUGGUACUACUUAUGAGCACAAGUUCUAUAACUACGAAUAUUAUCAGCUAAUGUUGGAAGUCAACGUUACAAUGCCCCACUAUGUCAUGGAAAAUGAGUUUGGGGUCUAUGGGGUACUAACAGCUAACUGGACAAAGGGUUACCCCGUUAAAGGUUCUGCAGACUUAGAUAUAGAAAUAUUUAAAGAUGGCGGGCAGAAUGAUAUUGGAUCAUUUAGAAAGCAUAUACCAUACUUUGAAGGAGUGACAAGCUUUUUAAUUACAAUGGAAGAAUUAAAAGAGGCUGUUAAACUUUCUAAAAUUGAUGGGUUGAAAAAUUGUCGUAUUGUUGUUACGGCAACUGUCAAUGAUCAAAUUUACGUAAAUAUACCAACAAAGGGAAAAGCUACAACUAUAAUAUUUGAAGAUUUGAUAAAACUUAGAUUUCUUGGCGGUGAUAUUAGAACUUUUAAACCUGGGAAAAAUAUGGAUAUUUAUAUUGCAGUUUCGCAGUCUGAUAACAAACCUUAUUCCCUAAACAUAAAUAGAGCUGUACGCAUUCAAACUAAUGCAAAAAAACAAAACUCUAAAGCAUCAGAAGAAAAGACAGCUUUAGUUUUAAUUGGUGAUGACGGUAUUGCACGUUAUUCAUUCGUACCAGACGACGACGACCUUCAAUUAACUAUUUCGGUCUCACAUUUUCGUGGUAACUCGAUAAAAAUGGUCGCCUAUCGGGAAUAUUCUGAGAUCAAUCAUUAUUUGUCUGUUACUACUAGUACUGUAAAUCCAAGGAUUGAACUAAAAGUUAACAAGGGCAAAGACUUUAGCCAUAAUACUGUGGAAGUUGUUGUAAAAGGAGAUCGUAGCUCUAUCAUUGCAAUAAAUGCUCAGGACUAUUCAAAUUAUGUAUUCCAGCCGAACUUCUUCACCAAACAUAGGGUUGAACAAGAGUUGAUGACGUAUAAUGUAGGAGCAAAUUCAACAUUAGAUCAUACUUGGUUACGAAAUGAAGGUAUCAAGGAUACUAUGCAUUACACUGCAUCAUCUAGUGCGAUAGAUGCUAAUACAACUUUCCAGUUUUUGGGAUUGGAAAUCUUUACUGAUGCCAGAUUGGAUAGGUUGCCAAGCAUUGAUAAAUGCAAUAGAACACUUGGUUUUUCAUCUUGUUUCGAUGGUCAGUGCUAUGAACUAUCUACAGCAUGCGAUGGUGUCUGGAAUUGUCACGAUGGAGCAGAUGAAAUGGGUUGUCCUGACCCCACAGAAUCAGCAGUUGAGAAAUUACAAAACAUUGAAAUGCUCCAUCCGGAAUUGCUUUAUACAUAUGACGAUACUUCUUGGCUUUGGAAAUGGAACUUUACGAAACCGGACGGUAGCUCAUUUACAAUUGCAGAAGUUCCACAUAGACCCACCACAUGGUUAGUAAGCGCAAUAACAAUGAGUAAAGAACACGGACUUGCUUUUGUUGAAGAACCCUUUAGAUUUUCAUCAACGAGAAGCUUUUAUAUUGAGCUAGAGGCUCCUUUACGAGUUGUUACGGGAGAACAAAUUGGUUUAAAAGUGACAAUUUUCAACUAUUGGCACGAACCUCUAGAAGCUUUAAUAACAUUACAUAAAUCUGAUGUGUUUAAAAGUAUAUCGGUACCGGAUGACGGCUUUGUUACUGCAUUUUCGGCUAAGUUAGUAGAAGGAAUACGUCAAGUUAUGGUUAGAUUAGAAGCUGGCGAGACAAAAAUUAUUCAUUUUCCUAUUGUUACUGAAAUAAUAGGACGGCAUAUUGUUACUGUUUCGGGUGAUAGUUUUGUCGCAAAGCGAACAAGAUCUAUAUCGAUAAGAGUUACAGCACUGGGAAUUAAUAACCGUUACUUAACCUGUCACUUGGUUGACUUAUUAAAUCAUGGUACAUUAUCUGUGCCAGAUUUUAAGAUACCAAUUCAAGAAAGAUUUAUUUUACCUGAGCAACAACGCCAUAUUUACGUUCCAGGUACACCUAUUGGCGAAUUAAAGAUUGUUGGCGGAACGACAGGUCCUGAAACUUGGGACUCCGCAAGAUAUCUGAGAAUGUCAAUUAAUACAGGCGCAGGUUAUGCAAUAAAUUUAGCUUUACAUGCUCUUUGGAUAAACUUUUUCAAAGACCAGAACGCCGCCGAUAAAGCUAAAGUCUCUGAAUCACUUCAAGGUCUAGCAGAAGGUAUAACACAAUUAAUGGUUUACUAUGAUUAUGCCGGAAAUGGUAGAGGUUAUUUUGCCAUGUGGUUGGAUAAAAAACCUAGUUUAUUUGUAACACUUAAUGGAGUAUAUGCACUAUCUCAAUUUUAUAAAAAUCCUGAAUGGAUUCAACAAUUUCUCUUCAUAGAUUUGAAUGUUGUUCAUAACGCUACAAGAUGGAUUUGUGAACAGCAAACUGCAGAAGGAGCUUUUGGCGAAAUGCAUAUAUCAACAGACGAUAGUUUUAGAUCAGUUAUCACGGAUGAAAAGGGCAAUUUUUUAAAUAUAACAAUGACAGCUUAUACCUUAACUUUAUUACACGAUAUCUAUCCUGUUCUAAACGAUAAUAAUGUUUCGUCACUUGCGAGCAAUGCUAUUAAUAAGGGAUUAAAGUAUAUUGCUUCUCAUUUGGAUAAGAUUGAUGAUCCAUUUUGCAUGGCUUUCGUCGCUUAUUCUAUGAAGUUGCACGAUCACUUUAGUACUGAAGCUGCAGUUGGAAAAUUUAUGAAUAUGACAAGAAUAAAGGGGGGAAGAUACUGGUCCAGAGUAGAAAUACCACAAGUACAAACCGAAUUUACGGAAUCUAUCCCUGCUCUCCUUGGUAGGAGAUCUUCAAUUGAUGAUGCUCAAUCUAUUAUAGCUACAGGAGUAGGCCUUCUGUUGGAUAUUGCCACAAACGGUACUGAAAGAGACUUGUCAAUUUAUACGCCCACUGUAAGCUGGCUUCAAUCGCGUCGAAGAACAUUUUACGGCUGGACGUCGGGACCUGCAACGUUUUGGGCUCUAAAAGGUCUUAUGACCUAUGAAAAGGCAGAUAAAUUUGUUUCCCAUCAUUAUAUUAAGGCUGAUAUAACAUUACUUGCUGGCGAAAGAAAGUUUCGAAUGAAUUUCAAUGGUUCAAAUUGGUAUAAUGUACAGGGAUUUAAGUUUACAGAAAAAGUUUAUGGUAAUGUGAGAGUUUUUGCAGAAGGAACAGGCAUGUUUCUUAUUGAAUUACAAACAAUGGCGUUUGUUGAAUUUGAAGAUCAAAUUAAAAGAUCGAGAAAUAGAGUUUUAUUAGAAGCAGAUCAAAUACGAUACUAUGGUCGAAAUUAUUCAUCCAUAGAUAUAACAGUUUGCGCACAAUGGUUCCGACCUGAUUUAACGCCAAUUACUGGGCAAGCUGAUAUUGAAAUUGGUAUACCAAGUGGUUAUUACGUUUUAAAAGAAAUGCUGAACAAUUUCACGAAUAGCCAUCCCCUGAUACAAGAUAACGAUUUCAGUACAUCAACUCAAAAAGCGACGUAUUAUCUGGACUAUCUACCGCCAGAGAGAACUUGUGUUAUGGUCACUGCUCAUAGAUAUCAUCCCGUAGCAAAUUUCUCUAUUCCUCAUAAGCUGCAAGCAUAUAAUCAUUUCGAUAUGAGCAAAAAGAACAAGUCUCUUUACGAUACGCAAACUCUUUCUCAACUGACUAUUUGUCAGGCGUUUGGAUCUUAUCAAUGUCCAUACUCACCAUUCUAUAAUCGUGCAUCAACAACGGCGAAUUUUAGCCUUUACUGUAUUCUCUUUGAAAUCUUAUCAGAAGUCUAUACAAAACACGGUAAUAAAAUAGUGUCCUUUGGAGAAAUGCUCACAAAGUCAACAGGAACUAUAGAAGAAUUGCAAUAUUGGUCGAAUCUAAUAAGCUGUUACAAGCCUCUUAAAACAUGGAUAAAGGAAAACUUUAAAAUGUUCUUGGCUUACUUGUGCAAUAGAUUGGAAAAAGAUUAUGAUAGUCUUAUCUUCAAUCGAAACCAAAAAUUGGUAAAAUCAUUAGAACUGGAAGUUAAAAUAUAUAUGCAAGUGAUGCAAGCUCUUAAAGAUUUCCCGCAACUUUUACAACAGCAUAGAAAUUUUAUAUUUUCUUUAAGGAGGAAUUUAAUAAAUAUUGUUACAUGCGAUAUCUGUAAAAGAGAUUGUCGCCUUUUGGCGGCAAAUGCUUUAUUGAUGCAUAUGCAAUCUGAAGGUUUGGAUGACGAAGAAUUUUUGAAAUUUUUCAAAUCUCUUUAUGAUUCUUUUGGUUUUUAUUACGAACCUGAAAAGGAAGUUAGAAAUAAUACUUUUUCUCAUGUUGCACUACUUUAUGGAUUUUUAUCUUUAAAAUGUGAAAGAUAUCUUGAAUAUACAAUUGAUGAUAUAGUUUUCAGUCAAUUCCUUCUAAAUAAUAUACUAGAUUUAUCAGCUUAUGGUGAUUUCAAGUAUAAUGUUUUCAAAAUUUGGAAAAUACUCUUUACAAAAAUUCAACCGAAUUCUUUAUCGAAGAAGUCUUUGGAUAGUAUUUGUAAAGUUCUCAGAGGUAAUUUUGAUUGUCCAAUUGACGGCGUCAGACAAUUUUCUUUUGAUAUAUUAAAUAUUUUAUUAAAGAAAUUUGAUGAAGAUAAAGAUUUAGCAGAGAAUUUCUAUAAAUUUUCUACAACUCUUGCAUGGAACGGAAGAUUAAAAUAUAAAUUAUUUUGUAUUGUUUUGCAAUAUAUUGAAAAUAAUGAAAUAUUACCGGAAAUUUUGAUUAACAGUUUGGAAGGUUUUACAACGGAUUAUUUAGCUCCAGCAGCUGGUGACCUAUGCAAUUUUAUAUCAAGUAAACUAACAUAUAUAAAUGUUCAAGUUGUUAUCGAAGCUGUUAAAAAAGCAAUUUGUAACGAAAAUAAGUUAACAGCUUCCAGAGCAGCUAGACUAUGGAUUCCAAAUCUACUUCGUCAACAUUCUAAUAUAAGUAAUAAAUUGGAUGAAAAAUUGAAAGAUGUUUCAAAUGAAUACGAAUUAUUCGGAUAUCUAUGCUUUUUGAAUACUUGUAGAAGUUUGAAUAUCAUUUCUGAUAUUUCUAAGUUUUCAAAUAUACUGGAGAAAGUUGUUAUUCACGUAGAUGAACAAAUAAGAAUGGAAGCAUUGUCAUUCGUUACUAUUAGUUACAAGAAAUCAGAAAUUCCUUUAAAUAUUGAAUAUGAAUUGGCAAUGAAAGGUAUAUUAUGUAGUUUAAGUGUUGAUGAUGCAACAUUUAGGAAAAAUCUGACAAGAUGUGUCGAAAAUUUCCUAUUAAGAAUUUGUUAUAGUUCUACAUCAAUUAUAAAAGCAGAUACUUUAGAAAACAAGCAAAUAUAUCAAGCUAUUGAUUUUCUCGAUAAAUUAUGGAUCGAAUUAAUUGAACAGCUGGAACCUUCAAGCAACUUUCAAAGGCAUAAAAUUUGUCUUGAUUUAAUAAAAUUAUACCUUGAUAUUAUCUUCAAAGGUCCGAGAAAACAGCGCGAUGUGAAUGGUUUUCCUCUUUUAUUGGAAUUUGCAAAUUCAAAGGGUAGGAUGUUAACAAUUGAGAAAUCUAGUUAUCGUAUUCUUAUUUGCCUCCUACAUACAACAGAUGAAAUUAGAGAAACGGCAUAUGACAUUUUAUCGGAUGAUAAUUAUCCAAUAAAACUUGAAAAUGUCGAUGAUUUAUUAGAAGAUUCAUUAUAUUGGUUAUAUAGCUUUAAAGCUCAUGAAGCAGAUACUGGAUCUCUAUUAUUCUCCUUACUUAUUGAAAAAUAUUAUGCUGAAGCUAACAAACAAUUACCUAUUAGAAUUUUUGGCGACAGUGAAAAUGUUUAUGUUGUCGCUUUGAACUUCCUAACCAAACAGCUUAAAAUCCGAUUAAAUUCCGUUAGAUUGAACACUUUGGAAGGAGCUCAAAAAUCACCUGUACAUGGUAUUUUAAAAGCUAUUAGUUUAUUGAUAUCUGUUAACAAAUCAUUCUGGCUGCCAUUCUGGAAAGAUAUCUUAGAUAUUGUUAUCAGUCUUAUUGAUACAGCUUUAUAUAACUUAGGUGGAAAAGUUUCUUCUCAAGAUGAAAUAACACCUUCUUUUGAGCAAAUGGGUAUUUCUAUAAUGAAUGAAUUAGACGACGAUGAAGAAUCGGCUUGUAAUUUGCCAGUGGAAUAUCAAUUGAUAUUAUCCUGGUGUUGGCUUUGUAUUAAAGAAUCGUCUUAUUUAUUGGGAGUUGCUCAAAAGAAUAUGAAGUUACCGAUGAAUGAGGUGAAAGUCAUGUCAAAUGCUUUUUUAUUAAUAAUGAAGAGAUGUAGACAUAGAGGAGCAAUAGAAAGUUGUAAUCUGGGUUUUAAAUUAUUUUGCGAAGGAUUAUUGAAACAGGAUGAAAUUGAAUAUAAUAAUAUACCCCAUCAUCUUCUUAAGGAUGUAAUGAAUACUAUACGAAAUGGCAGUAAUACAUCAGUUACUAGACGUUCAGCCGGAUUUCCUUAUAUUGUUCAAACUGUUUUGUCAACUUAUUCGAGAACUUCUUUACAGCCAAAUCUAUUAGAUGAUACAGUUAAAGAAUUGGUUGAUAUUAUUUCAUCUCCCUUACCUCAAGUUGAUAUAAAAGUGGAUCUACCACAUUUUCACGCAUUGAAUAUUUUACAUGCUAUUCUCAAGAAUUCAACCUUAAGCAGUAGCAUUACAAAUUACUUGGAUAUCGUUGGAAUAUGCGUUUUAAAAGGGUUUAACUCGGAUAUUUGGAAUAUUCGCAAUGGUUGCACCCAAUUAUUUAGCUCUUUAUUAAAGAGGAUAUUUGGUCAAAAGAAAGAAGAAGGUGUUCUACUUACUAGUUUAUCUAUUUUAGAAUUUGAGAGAGAAUAUCGCCGACUUUUUUCGUACAUAACUGCAAUCUUUCUAUCUGCUAAGCCUGUUGAUAUGAAAGAACUGGAAUGGAAUAUUAUUCCAUGUUUAACUAUCUUAUCAAGUUUAGCUACUAUUCAAACAGAGCAAGAUGAAUUACCGCAAAUAAUAAGUCUUAGACAAAACGUCCAGAAGAUGCUGGAAUGUCCAAUAUACGUCGUACGACAUCUAGCGGCUAAGUCGCUAAUUAAUUUGUUAAGAAAAAGUGAUUAUGAACGAACAAGAAAUGAAACUUUGAAAAAGCUAGAAAAAACAUCAAAUACAAAUAGACUACAUGGGAAUUUAUUAGUAAUAGACAACUUAAUAGCGUUAAAUGAAAUAGAGACGUCACUUCAUACGCAAGAGUUAUUAAUUGAAAAAAAAUUCCUAUUACGUCACCCAUGUAAACUAAUAGCUAGUUUGUACCUUCGAAUUGUUGAUAAAUUAUUAAAAGGACAAGACUUUAUUGAAAAUAUCUUGAAUACCAUUAAAUCAAUCGAUAUUAAUUCAAAUUUGGCUAUCGGAAAUGAUCGUUAUCAAAUAGAUCGUUUGAAUUUUACAGCAAAAAAUGGGUUUUUAAAUAAUUCAGAUAUGAGGACAUAUUUAGAUUCAUAUGAUGAGGACGUUGUCAAAUGGGCUUUAUUAUACUUAUUAAAAAUGGACUACUUAUUUGAAUUUGAUGAAAUCGUUUGGAAAAAAUUUCAAUCUAACGUUUCAUUAUCGACCAAGACUGUUUGUUUAGACGUCCUAUAUCAAAUGGCUAGACGAGCUAAGAAUCAUAUUGAUUGUUUAAAUCGGGCUAAAUUUUUAUUAUUCAAUCAACUUGAAAGAUCAUUAAAUUCAACUUUAACUGCAAGAACUAUUGAAUUAUCCUCAUUAUAUAUUAAAUAUUUUGAUGAUGAAUUAGAAGAUGAAAGAUUUAGAAACAUUUUAGAAAUUUUUAGUAAAAUUGUAUAUGAUUCCUGCAUUGGAGAUAGGCCUCACCAACUCCAAUAUUCAAUUAUUAACGCAUUGGAAAGUUGUUUUAUUAAAGUUCAAAAGAAAGCUUCAAACAAAGCUAUUUUUCGAUUUGUCGAGGUCAUUAACGAACUACUCUUUUCGCAAACAUCGGAAAUAAGAACAAAAUGUUGUUAUUUAAUAAUAGAUAUCGUUUCAGAGGUUACUGGAGAUAAAGUUGAUUACCUUAUUCCUUGUAGUUCUGUGGCAUUUGAGGUAUGGAUCACCUUUUUAGAAACCCAUCUAUCGGAAUAUUUUAUGCUCUCCUUCCAAGCCGCUAUUAACGCCAUCUUGUGCAAGGAUUGGAAAGUUAUGUUGAAUAGUUUCAACUCUAGAGUGUUAUACGAAGAAGAAGACAUAAACAUUUACCGAGAAAAUGUAAGAAUUCUACGCAAGAAGAGUCAAAAAAUAAAAGCGUUUGGUUUGGAUAAAGAGCAAUCACCAAAAUGUGAAAAAGCCUUGACAGAUGUUGAAAAAUUAAUUGACAAUAUUAAUAACUACUUAACAAAGAUGGAGUCAACAAAGUACUUGGGAGAAGUGUUAUGUAAUUUAUCUCCAGAAUUAGUAACAAACGUUAAAAUGCUGAUAGGAAAACCGAUGGAUUUCUAA